CCGGGACGCAGGGGUCAGGCCCGGCCCGGACCGCCUCUGCCUCCUCCUGCUUUUCCUCCCCGCGCCCGCUUCUCCUCUGACCCCUCCUCCCGCUGCUCCUCCUCCGCCUCCUUCCCCUGCCCGCGCCCGCCCUACUGCCCCGUGCCGAGUUUCCUGUUUAAGAUGGCGUCCCCCGUAGCAGCGCAGGCCGGGAAGCUUCUGCGAACCCUAGCGCUGCGGCCCCGCUUCCUGGCGGCCGGGUCCCAGGCAGUUCAAUUAACCUCCAGAAGAUGGCUGAACCUGCAGGAAUACCAGAGCAAGAAACUGAUGUCUGACAACGGAGUGAGAGUUCAAAGAUUCUUUGUAGCAGACACUGCAAAUGAAGCUCUCGAGGCUGCUAAGAGACUAAAUGCAAAAGAAAUUGUUUUAAAAGCCCAGAUCUUAGCUGGAGGAAGAGGAAAAGGUGUCUUCAAUAGUGGUUUGAAAGGAGGUGUUCAUUUAACAAAAGACCCUAAUGUUGUGGGACAGCUGGCUGAACAGAUGAUUGGGUACAAUCUAGCGACAAAACAAACUCCAAAAGAAGGUGUGAAAGUUAACAAGGUGAUGGUUGCUGAAGCCUUGGAUAUUUCCAGAGAAACCUACCUGGCAAUUCUGAUGGACCGGUCCUGCAAUGGCCCCGUGCUGGUGGGCAGCCCCCAGGGGGGCGUCGACAUUGAAGAGGUGGCUGCUUCAAACCCAGAGCUCAUUUUUAAGGAGCAAAUUGACAUUUUUGAAGGAAUAAAGGACAGCCAAGCUCAGCGGAUGGCAGAAAAUCUAGGCUUCAUUGGGCCUUUGAAAAGCCAGGCUGCAGAUCAAAUUACGAAGCUGUAUAAUCUCUUCCUGAAAAUUGAUGCUACUCAGGUGGAAGUGAAUCCCUUUGGUGAAACUCCAGAAGGACAAGUUGUCUGUUUUGAUGCCAAGAUAAACUUUGAUGACAACGCAGAAUUUCGACAAAAAGACAUAUUUGCUAUGGACGACAAAUCAGAGAAUGAGCCCAUUGAAAAUGAAGCUGCCAAAUAUGAUCUAAAAUACAUAGGACUAGAUGGGAACAUUGCCUGCUUUGUGAAUGGUGCUGGGCUCGCCAUGGCUACUUGUGAUAUCAUUUUCCUUAAUGGUGGGAAGCCAGCCAACUUCUUGGAUCUUGGAGGUGGUGUAAAGGAAGCUCAAGUAUAUCAAGCAUUCAAAUUGCUCACAGCUGAUCCUAAGGUUGAAGCCAUCCUUGUCAAUAUAUUUGGUGGUAUCGUCAACUGUGCCAUCAUUGCCAAUGGGAUCACCAAAGCCUGCCGGGAGCUAGAACUCAAGGUGCCCCUGGUGGUCCGGCUUGAAGGUACUUUUAUGGAAAAAAAAGGAAGUUAUAUGCACAUAAAACAAGAAACAGGAAAUUCAAAUGGGAAUAUAACUGGUAUCCAAGAGAACGUCACCCACCAAAAUCUGACUGGACACUAGAACACGCUUCCUGUCUUUCAUUACCCCGUGACCUUUCCUAUCAGCAGCCCGUGGCUGUGAAUUCUUUAUUCCUGGGAACUUGGCUGCCACAUGUGAUUCUGAUGGAAGAUGGAAUGAAGCCGUUGGCUGAGCCAGCAGGUACAAGCUUCAAGGGAGUACGGUAGGUUCCCAUUUAAUAUUGUUGGAAAAGGUUUUAUUUCGUUUGUACCCCUGAGGGGUUUGCAAGUGAACAUUUGGGCUUGCCUGUGAAGGAGGAAACUUGUACUGUCCUUCCAUUCUUGCCUGGUCUGGAAUUGAGAACAGAAGACCUAUGGGGGCAUCAAGGAGGGAAAGUAGUAGGGGCAGAGAUGCUGCCACGAAGAGCCUCCAGGCCUGCCAGGGGCGAUCUCUUGGGUUUUGUGGUGUGAUUUGUUGAAAUGUUUUCGUUUUCUUUCAUUCUCCAUUAGAUAUUUUAUUAAGGAGAAAAGUACCCUCACUGGGCAGACAUUUCAGUCCCCCUAAGUUGCAUUAGUAGCUCUGAAAGGAUCAUCUUUGCAGCUGGUUAUUGGAACAGGUAUCCUCAAACCCUCCCUAAUUGCAGGCUAGCAGCCCUUUGAGCUUUGCGUGUUCUCAGUGCAUCUGCAACAGCAGAGCAUGACUUUGUCUUCCUGAGCUGCCUGCUAAAAGGAAAACAAACCUGGGUAUGAUGAUCUUGUCUCUCCCUAAACAAAAAGCCUCAGAGAGACUGAGAACACGGACAAGAGAGGCAGAAAUCAUGCUUACUUUACAGAACGAGGGAUCCUUUAAACCAGAACGGCAAAACCUCCAGGCAAAUUUUCGUGCACAUAACUCAAAUCCAAGUAGACAUCAAUAAUAAAUCAUUGAGCUUCUUUCUGCUAAGCCUGGAUAUGCCUCAGACUCAUUCUUUUUUUUAAUGUUAUUAUUAUUAUACUUUAAGUUUUAGGGUACAUGUGCACAACGUGCAGGUUUGUUACAUAUGUAUACAUGUGCCAUGUUGGUGUGCUGCACCCACCAACUCGUCCUUUAGCAUUAGAUGUAUCUCCUAAUGCUAUCCCUCCCCCCUCCCCCCACGCCACAACAGUCCCUGGUGUGUGAUGUUCCCCUUCCUGUGUCCAUGUGUUCUCAUUGUUCAAUUCCCACCUAUGAGUGAGAACAUGCGGUGUUUGGUUUUUUGUCCUUGCGAUAGUUUGCUCAGAAUGAUGGUUUCCAGUUUCAUCCAUGUCCCUACAAAGGACAUGAACUCAUCAUUUUUUAUGGCUGCAUAGUAUUCCAUGGUGUAUAUGUGCCACAUUUUCUUAAUCCAGUCUAUCGUUGUUAGACAUUUAGCUUGGUUCCAAGUCUUUGCUAUUGUGAAUAGUGCCGCAACAAACAUACGUGUGCAUGUGUCUUUAUAGCAGCAUGAUUUAUAGUCCUUUGGGUAUAUACCCAGUAAUGGGAUGGCUGGGUCAAAUGGUGUUUCUAGUUCUAGAUCCCUGAGGAAUCGCCACACUGACUUCCACAAUGGUUGAACUAGUUUACACUCCCACCAACAGUGUAAAAGUGUUCCUAUUUCUCCACAUCCUCUCCAGCACCUGUUGUUUCCUGACUUUUUAAUGAUUGCCAUUCUAACUGGUGUGAGAUGGUAUCUCAUUGUGGUUUUGAUUUGCAUUUCUCUGAUGGCCAGUGAUGAUGAGCAUUUUUUCAUGUGUUUUUUGGCUGCAUAAAUGACCUCAGACUCAUUCUUAACUUUGUAUUUCUGGUAGCUACUAUCAGGAAAUAAAACACAAGCUUAAACAGAUUUACCAUUCCUAAUUUAAGUAAUCACUAUUGAAUAGACAAUAUGUUAUGAAUAACAUAAUUGCUAAUAUGUAUUGAGUGUUUAUUAUGUACCAGGCUUUGUUCUAAGUGCUUAACAUGGAUUCACUCAUUUAAUGUAAACCACAUGAUUACAGGCUUUGUUUGGAUUAUUGCUGCAUUACCAGUACCUAGAAGAAUUCAUGAUACAUUGUGAGUGCUUAAAAAAUACUUAUCUGGGUCAGGCGCAGUGGCUCACAUCUGUAAUCCCAGCAUGUUUGGAGGUUGAAUGGGGAGGAUCGCUUGAGCCUAGGAGUUUAGACCAGCCUGAGCAUCAUAGUGAGACCUCAUCUCUACAAAAAAAAUAAAAAAUAAAAAAUUAGCUGAGCAUAGUGGCGCAUGCCUGUGGUCUCAGCUAUUCAGGAGGCUGAGUUGGGAGGAUCGCAUGAGCCCAGGAGGUUGAGACUGCAGUGACCCAUGAUGGCACUAUUGCACUCCAGCCUGAGUGACAGAGUAAGACUGUCUCAAAAAAAAAAAAACUUAUUUAAAUUAAUUCUAAAAACAAGUGUUAUUCCCAUAUUCCAGAAGAGGAAACUGAGGCCCAGAAAGCUUAAGUAAUUCUCCCAAGCCAGUACGAACUGUAGCUAUGAUUUGAUACUGCUUUAUUAUUUUACUUAUACUUUUAACCACUUUGCUACUUCUCACAGUAACUGUUUGAUAUCUCUUUUCUUAUUUCUUAAUGUCCAAUAUGUUGGUUAUUGAGGCUCCUGGCUUCUUUUUAAUAUUCUAGCUUCCAUCAUUUUUGGUACUUUAGAGACUUGUCUCUCUGAAACAAAAGAAUUGGGAAGAGUGAGAGUUGAAAUCUAAGUGCCUAUGGGGUUCAGCCAGAGACAUAAAUGAGUGAGGCAGGCCAGGUGGGCAGCCUGGGGAUGUGACAAGAACUUACCCUCUGGGAAGCUGCUCUCAGGUCCAACAAUUGCAGCUGUGGAGGAUGCAAAUCAAUGUUGUCAGGUCAUCCUGUUUUUCAAGAGAAGUACAACACCUAGAUUUUGAUAUGAAAAUUGCAAAUGGAAAUAUCCAUAUGAAAUAUCUCAAAUAUAAAAUGUGGACAACAAGGCAAUCUAAAAAACAAAAACAAAACAUAGCAAGUCAAUUUAAACAUCUCCAUAUGCUCAAUCUAGCCCAUUGAUCUGUAGUUAGCAAGCUAUAGGAGAGAGUGAAGAAAUUGAAAUAGAAGUAUAAGUGGCUUUAGAUAACUGAUCCUGUAGUUCUUGUUU